AUGCCAGUCUUUGUCGAACAAGCCGGUGAAGGGCGAGACACCCGUGUCAACCCAGCGCACCUCAACCCUCUCCCACGCCUUUCCCCAGCUCCUCCAGCCCGCCCCACAGCAGAGGACACAAUCGAGCGCUAUGAAGUCAUCAUUGUCGGAUCUGGCCCAGCAGGAAUCAUGACCUCCGUCUGCCUCGCACGCUACGGAAUAACAAGCGUUCUGACAGUCGACGAGAAGACGGCGCAGAUCCAUGCCGGCCAAGCAGACGGGAUCCAGCCACGGACGUUGGAGGUCCUGCAGUCGCUAGACCUUGCCCACGAGGUCCUGACGCAGGGGUGCCAGAUGCAUGAGGUCGGCUUCUGGAAUCCUACGGAGGAUGGGGCCGGGAUUGUCAGGACUGCGUUUGUGCCUGAUGUUGCGGUGCCGGCGAGGUACCCGCAUGAGGUCACAAUACAUCAGGGGAGGAUUGAGAGGAUUUUUAAUGAAGAUCUGGAGAAGAAUGGGAACAAGGUACAGAGGGGGUGGAAAGUAUCAGGAUGGGAGUUUGACUACGAGGAUGAGGAGUUCCCAGUGGUUGUCAAGAUGAGUGGGCAGGACAUGGAGAGAGUGGUUCGGGCAAAGUACUUGGUCGGCGCAGAUGGCGCACAUAGUACUGUGAGAGAUGGUAUGGGGUUGAAGCUUGUCGGUGAUCAUACAGAUCAUGUCUGGGGUGUAAUGGAUGCUGUCGUCAAGACAGAUUUCCCAGACAUUAGAAAAAGAUGUGCAAUUCACUCCAGCACAGGGUCCAUCAUGAUCAUCCCCCGUGAGCGCAUCUCUGGAAACAAGGUCCUGACCCGCAUCUACUGCCAAAUGGAGGACGAAGUCGAGCGUGACCCAACCAUCGCCGCCCCUUCCACCGCCGAUCCCACUGCCGCCAAACAACAGGCCAAAAAGCGCCGAGAGAAGGUGACGCUCGAGCGCAUCAUCUCGCAGAGCCAAAAGGUUCUCGCCCCUUACACGAUCAGCUUUGCCGACAUCGACUGGUGGGCCGCCUACCAGAUCGGCCAGCGCGCAACCACCAAAUUCUCCACCGCAGACAAGAAUGGCGUCCUCCGUGUGCACAUCGCGGGCGACGCAUGCCACACACACUCCCCAAAGGCAGGCCAAGGGAUGAAUGUUUCCAUGAUGGACGGCUUCAACCUGUCCUGGAAGCUCGCACACGUCCUAAACGGGCUCUCUCCAGCGGGCGCGGAUCUGAUCGCUACAUACGAACAUGAGCGCCUCGACAUCGCCCGGCAGUUGAUCGCCUUCGACACCGAGUUCUCCAGCAUGUUCUCUGGCAAGAUUGGCGCCGAGACAGGCCUCACACACGAGAAGUUCGUCAAGGUGUUUAGCACCGGCAGCGGCUUUACGAGCGGAUGCGGCAUCCAGUACCGCGAGGGCCUCCUCGUCGCCAAACAAGAAACGACCCCCUCUGGCGCACCAGAGAGCGGCCUGCUGAUCCCUGGGCGGCGGCUCAUGAACGUGCGCACAAAGAGAUUCGCUGACGCAAACCCCCGCGACAUUCACGAUGACAUGCCGACGUCUGGGCGCUACAGGAUCGUGGCGGCCCUGCCAACGGCCUUCAGGACGGAUCCAGCUGCGUUUCAGAAGGUCCUCGAGGGCCUGGUCGAGACGCUUCCGGGGAGGUUCCCGGAGGGCGUGGUCGAGUCUGUGGUCGUGUUUCCAGGAGAGCGGGGGAGCCUGGAAUGGACGGAUUUCCCGGCGUGUGUGAGGGAGAGGAGUGAGUGGCUUGUGCUGGGCGACCACUAUGGGAUGGUGUAUAAGACUUGGGGGGUGGAGGAGAGUGCGGGUGGGGUGGCGGUCGUGAGACCGGAUGGGUAUGUCGGGCUUGUUGCUUCAGCUCUUGAUGCUGCUGUGGCGGAGGUGGGGACGUAUCUUGAGGGGGUGCUUAGGACGGUUUGA